AUGGGCCAACCGGGGCACCAUCUGAACGAGUUGUCAGAGCCACACGUUUCGAGCCAAGAGCACCACGUGACGUCUGGUCGGGAGCAAGAGAAGAGGCAGUCGCUGGAUAUUACAUGCGGAAAGACGGGACAGGGAUUUGCAGAAUCGCGGGGGACAGGGUUCUUCUUGAUUUGUCUUGCGUAG